GGGAGACCGGGCUGUAAAUGGAUGAAGGAGGUAAAGGAGGACGAGGGGGGAGAACCAACUGAGAGGAGGCAAACACGGCAGAGCAGUUCAAACCAAACACCAGCUGUUCAUCAGCCACAGCAAACAUCUUGGUCACAGACACUGAGACGAGGCUGGUAUGGUUUUGCUCCAGUAGGUGUAGUGUGGUCAGUCUGCCAGGUGGAGGCGACGCUGCACCCAUCUCUGUUACUGGUGGAUGUGUGCUGGAGGCUCCUGUUGGUGUGUUUGCUGUGGAUGGUUCUGGGAGGUUGUGUCCAUGCCCUGAAGUGCUGCCGGAGGCCAGGACAGAACCAGGGGGAGUGUCCACUGAGGGUGCAGCAGGAGGUUGCUACUGAAAACAAGAAUUUAUGGAGGUCCCAGUCGAGGAGCCUGGACAACAUUGCUCCUCUGGCCCUUGCCCUGGCUGACGGCCUGCUGCUGUGUGCGCUCCAGGAGCCCCUUUUAGACCCCAGGGUGCCCCACAUAAAGGCUCUCCUCUCCAGGCUGGAGUCAGUGUGUCACACUCUUGAAAAGGCUGGUAUUGGUUCAGAGGUGACAUUGGAGGAUAUGGACCAAGACUCUAUACUGAUAGACAAAGUGAAGCUGAUCCACACAUACCUGCGGCAGAGGUCGAGCUCACUGUGUAGACUCAUCCAGGUGCAGGGGGAUUUCGAAACUACUGCGAAGGAUGUGCUGGAGGGCCUAGAAGGCCUCUGGGCUCAGCUGGAGGAGCUCCACACUGGGGUCACGCUCACCAAAGAGAGGAGCCUAGGCCACGGAGACCUGGCCUCUGCCCAGACAGACACAGAGACUUUGUUUGCAGUCUUGGUUCACUACAGGAACAGACUUCAGUGCUGCCAGGCUCAGCUGAACGACAGCACACAAUUGGUGCAGGAGUUAACGUGGCGUCACACGCAAAUAAGCAACAGUGUGAGCAGCACCAGUGAGUCAGUGUGGCCAGAGCUGUUGCUUCAGUCCAACAUUGAGCAGUUUGACAAGGUGCAGGAGAGUUUCAUUACCCUGGAACAACAGACCUCUACGUUCCAGGCUCACUUAGAGGGACUUGGAAAGGCGAAUCAGGAGAGAGACAGAGGGCCUCUCGAUCAGGCCAAUGGGGCCUGUGCAAUACCUGCACAGACUUCCCUACAUCUCCAGAAUGGAAGCACAACUCACGAGAAGCACCGUAACUCCACCUCUGCAUCCACAUCUGUCUCCUCAAUGGAAAUCGACACAGAAAUAGACAGUCUUCUCUCACUGUGUAAGAGGUCGGCUCUGCAGUUCACCUCCAGUAUCGGACGCCUGAGUAAAUCUGGAAGGAGGAAGUGAAUGUUAUUGGACUAUACUUGGUAUAUGCACCAGGAAUUUAGUAAAUAGGUUUUAAUUUACAAUGGAGACUAUUUUCAAAUGUAGAUCAUUUGCUGAUUGUCUGAAAAAAAAGAUAAUUUAUUGCUUUCUAUGUUUGAGAGAGAGAGAGAGAGAGAGAGAGAAUUUUGCUUACAUUUUUCAUUUCAAAGACUGUGCAUGAUCCUAUCAGUAUUUUUCCCAUUUACUGAAUUUCAAACACAAGGGGGCACACUUUCACCAGUUAUGACAAACAUAAACCUUUGUCUCAAAUCACUUAUUCAACAAACUUUAUCAUAAUAUCAAACCAUUUAUAUACCCUAUAGGCAUCUAAAAUCUCUGUCUGCAACAAGGGACCAUUGGCCUGACCUUUUCCUGUCAAUCAACUUUAUUUGAGGAAAUUGUUGGACAGGCUUCUCAAACAUAUGGCCCAUAAAUGUGUUUCUCCAAGAUCAGAACAGCCAGCCACAACUUGUCUGAAGAAUCUCAAGUGAUGAAUGACAUUUAGUCAUGUUUCAUUUACUAAUUAAUUGCGUCAUCCAUCCUAUUUGUACUUAAACGGAGUAAUAUUGGAUCUGAUGAUGCGUUUUUUCGUUAAGCCACCACUUGCUUUUUUAACCAAGUAAAAAGUUUUUGUUUAAAUAUUUAUCUAUACAUUUAACAAGCACUUUCUUCGAAUGUGCAGGAGCAAUAGGUUUCAGGUUGAGAAAUUCUGGACUUUUUACUAUUCCAGAAGAAUUUUUUGUUCUAUCUCGAGUGGCCAUGAUGACUUGGGCUUUUCAAAGCAGGGAUAUUUUAGCGCAGAGGGGGGAGAGGAAGGGGGAAUUGGAGGUCAACGCCGGAAGCGCUUCUGUUACUAAAAACUGAGCAGCCCUUUAGACCUUCUCGAAAGACAUGAAUGUCUUUGAUCCAAAUUCAAUUACCCUGCAGCACCGACACUGAUGGCAUGGAAGUCGACAUAGUUUUCUCCACCAGAUCCUGACUUUUCUUACCGGACCGAACAGGAUUUCUGAUGAGAAUCAAUUCAUUCAUUGCUGCCGUUAUGUGCUAAUAGAAGGGAGUCUGUACAGUAUACAUGCCGUGGAUGUCAUUUGACCAUGAACUUGCCCACCAUCUGCCAGAUCCUGCAUCUGUCCGAUUCCCUCACACUGGGGCAGUGAUUGGAAGAGGUGGGGCCGACCUCUGGGGAAUCUGGAUGAAAGGAAUGCAAGCUGAUCGCUGCAGGAUCCGAGCUGUCACAACUCCGAAGACACAAACACACCAUGUCUGGACAGAGAGUGGGACGUAAAGACUGCGAGAGAAAGAUGUGUUUGGUGACGUGACGUUAGUGACAAGGGCUAAUAAUAAUAAUUGACAUGCCCCAUGAAUAUGUUGAAUUUGUGCACGGAUCAGUCAUGAAUACACACAUAAUAGUCUUAGAGGCUUGCUUAGAAUAACAAUGACCACAUUUGCUUUGAGGUUCAAUAGUCAAAAGUAAACAGAACUUUUUGAAUUGAUUUAUUGAGUGCUUUAAUAAAUGACUAGAAGAAUUAGGAG